AUGACAUCUGCUUGGCCUUACCUUGAAACGUUAGAUCAAAACGCUGACCUUGAUUUUUUUGGAUGGGUUGUAGCGGCUUACAGUUUUGGACAAAUGAUUUCCAGUUGGCUUUUUGGUUACUGGAAUCAAAAAACAAUGUCGACAAAACAUCCAGCAAUUUGUGGAUUAACAUUAGCAAUAUUAGGCAACAUUCUGUAUGGUUUUCUGCCUUUGUUUUCUUCAAAUCAUAAGUGGUAUAUGAUCGUUGCACGACUGUUAACUGGUUGGGGAUCAGGAACAUUAAGUAUAAUACGAUCAUACUGUGCUAUGGCUAGCACUCUGGAAGACCGAACUCGCGCAGUGUCGCUGGCUACCGGAGCAUUCGUUCUUGGCAUUUCUAUUGGACCUUCAAUUCAAUCGUUGUUUGUAUCACUGGGAGAAGGAGACAGUAAGGUUUUAUUUUUCCCGGUCAAUAUGUAUACAACUCCAGCAUUCGCCAUGGUAGUUGUUUGUUUGGCCGCAAUCACUGUACUGGCCACAUGCUUCAAAGAGAAUUACGUUGGAGUCAUAACAGAUGGAAAAAAGCAAGUCGCUUUCAAUGUCAAAAACUUCAAUGAGCUAAAAUCUUUAUUUAAUCAGUUUACAGACCCAUUUCUCGUGAUCCCAAAAUUUGACCGAACUCCUGCAUUUAUCUGUAUCUACAUAACUUUUGUUAUGCAAAUGGUUGCAACAGGUCUUGAAGUAAUUGCAACACCGUUAACAGUUGCGUUGUACAACUGGACAAACGAAGAUGCCUUACGUUACAAUGGGAUAAUACAAACUUGUUCAGCAGCCAUUGAUGUUGUCAACUAUAUUCUUCUUAGUUUUACACGAGUUCGACAAUUCGACAAACGAGUCCUGCUUAUCAUUGGGAUUUGUUGCUUUAUCCUGUACCAAUUGUUGACACUCCCUUGGCCUUUUUACGGCGGACCAUUAGACUAUAUUAAAUUGGCACCGAAUGCUACUGUUGAAGAUACUUCCUAUUCCGGCGGAUGUUCCAGAAGCUAUUCGUGGUGCUCACACACAACCCGAGUACCACUUUUUCUUUAUGCAUUCAGUUAUGUUGCUGUACUUGGCAUUGGAUUUCCAUACAUCUCUGCUCCAACUGGAGUUCUUUUUUCCGAGAUUCUUGGUCCACGUAAGCAGGGAAUGAUGCAAGGGAUUUUUGCGUUUUUUGGCAGUCUCGCUCGUUGUGUUACUCCGCUAUAUCAGUCGUACGUUCUAAUGCCUAUAAUUUUAAACAACAAAAUCCGUCUUUCAGAGUAG